AUGAGAUAAAAAUCUGACUCGUGUUUUAGUAGUCAUACCAAUAGAUUGGAUACUUUAUGGAAAAAAGGUUAUCCCUAAAUAUAGUAUGGCUCUUAAUUGGUAACAUUAAAUGGUGUUAAAAUCAAAGAUGGUCAAAAAAAUAUUCUUUAAUUUAAAUUUGCUUAUCUACAAAAUAAAUACUUAGUAGUGGAUUAAAAGUUUGUAAACUUAGAAAAUAUUUAAAUGAAAAAGGUGAUUUUACAAUAAAACUAAUAAUAAAGUAUGGCAUUUCUGAAAUUCAAUAAUAAUUUCGAUUCUUUUGAAAUAAUAGGUUCAGUGCAUUUGGUUAAUGAAAUAUAUAACUAUUGUAAAUUAUAUACAAUUUAAGAUAAUUUUGAGAAUUACUAUUAGAUUAUGUAGUUGAUGGGUAGAGGAUCAUUUGCAAAAGUUUUCAAAAUCAAAUAAAUAGAAAAUUAAAAAAUUUAUGCAGUAAAAAUAUUUAAUAAAAUGAAAAUGAAGGAAAACGAAGAAGAAAAUUAAGUAUAUAAUUUUAUAUAAUUUUUAAGAAAAGUUUAUGGAAAGAAGUUCAUAUUAUGAGAUAAAUGAAUCAUAAACAUAUUAUUAAGUUACGUGAAGUAUAUGAAGAUAAUUAUAAAGUUUAUGUUGUAAUUGAUCUUUUGAAUGGUGGUGAUUUAAUAUCACAUAUUGAGAAACAAAUUAAAGUAUAUGAUGAAUCUCUAGUAAGAAAACUAGUUUACAAUUUAUUAGAUGCUUUGGUUUAUAUACAUGAGAGAAAAAUUAUACAUAGAGAUAUUAAACCAGAAAAUUUAAUUUUAAAAGAAGAAAAUGAUAUUUCUAAUAUUGUACUAGCAGAUUUUGGAUUAGCAGAUUAUUAUUAAAAGGACGCAUAAUAUUUAUUUAAAAGAUGUGGUUCAUUAGGUUAUGUAGCUCCUGAAAUAUUACAAGAUAAACAUUAUGAUUUUAAGGUUGAUAUAUAUUCUUUAGGAAUUGUAAUGUUCUUAUUAUUAACUGGGGAGUAAGCAUUUAAAGGAUCAAGUACUUAAGAAGUUUUAUAAAAUAAUACUUAUGGUAAGAUAGAUGACUACAAACUUGAAUCUUGUCAUGUAAGUUAGGAUGCAAAAAAUUUAUGUAGAUAAAUGUUGAAUAUAAAUUCAAAUUAACGACUCACUGCAGAAGCAGCAAUUAAACAUCCUUGGUUUAAAGUUGAUAAUAAUAAUAUUUCACUUCAUGCUAUAUCAAUAAACAGAAUUCCAUAAAAUCUUAAAGGGUAAAAAGAGUUUUUGUUUAGCAAUACUCCACUAUGGGUUAAUAAAAGCUUAAGAAGCAUUGGUGAUUCUUCAGAGAAUCUAGCUGCUAUAAGUAUAAAUGAUUAUAUAUUAAAGCAAUUAAUGUAAGGGAUAAAACAAUCUAAGAAAUUCUAGACAAUCAUAAUUUUAAAUUAGAUUCAACAGUAUAUGAUUUAGAAGAUGAUUACGUCGAUGAAUAGGAAUCAAUUUCUAUUAGGAUUGAAAAUCAUAAACUACUUGUAAAGUAAAGAAGUCUGCCAUGA